UGACUUGGGCAACUCGGUGUCCACCCUGAGGAAUCACUGGGCUGAAGGUGGAGGGCCUGUCAUGGUUGGGGGAGACGUGGACUGCUCCUCAAAGUGCGUCGUUGGCGAAAGGGCUGGCCAUUUGUUGGUUCUGGUUCGCUUGCUUUCUUUGACUAGAGCACCACUCACAGGCACCUCAGAGCGGCAGCAGCGUCGCACCCCGGCUCGUUCUCCGCUCCCCUCGCCACCCUCGGGCCGGCAGCGGUGUUUAUUUUGCGUGGGCGGGCGCAGCCGCACUGCCGACGGCGCCGCGUUCAUUGAUUGAUUCGGGUUCAUUGAGAAGCACAGUUCUGGCCCAGGCAGAGGCGCUCGCCCCUACUCGCCGCUGCGUCCCAGAGUCUCACCAGCCGCCCCCUCGAUGGAAGCGCCCUAGAGAUGGCCACCCAGAAGCCCGUCGAGUGGGUGUCGUCGCUCAUCAUCCGCUUCGAAGAGCAGCUACCAUGCCGGACGGGGCCUCUGACCACACACUCCAAGGUCAACAUGGACCAGAACAAGCGGUGCCUCAUCGAGAUCAGCAGGCACCGCUUCUCUUUGGUCAUCUCAGGGCUCACUAAAAUCCUCCAAAGGGUCAACGAAUUGUGUUUGAUAAGCGGUCCUCGACCUCACGGUCCAGACUACGAAAGAAACCUGAACGAGAGUCUGCUGAUUGUCCUAGACACCCUGGAGCAGUGCCUCAGCGGCCAGCCCAAGGACACGGCUCGGUUCGACGAAAACAUGAACGUAAAACUCUUGCUUCGUGAAAUCUGCCAAUUCAUUGGCAAUGAUCCGAUUCAUGAGGCUGCAAACUGUGUGAAUGUCAAGAACUUGGCCUCAAAGGUGCUCUUUGCCCUCAGUCUGAACUUUUUCAAUGCAGUUUUCAAUCGAAUCUCAGCCAGGCUGCAGGAAUUAAGCGCGUGCAGUGAUGAAAACCCGGACUACAGCGACCUCGAAUUGAUUCAGCACAUCAAUGUGGACGCUGUCCGCCUGGCCAAACUACUGAGCGAGACAAAUGCAAAAUUUCGUCUGCUAAAAAAAUCUGCACACUUGGUGCUGAUCAACUCCCUGGAGAAGGCCAUCUGGAACUGGAUGGACACCUAUCCACAGGAGUUUGCUGAGUUGCAGAAAAGCCCCAAUGAGGAAUUAUCCAAAAACUGUGAAAUCCUCUUUGACAUCCUGGACGGACUGGCAGAUAACAAGAAAGGACGAGCAGCCGUGUGGCCGCUUCAAAUCGUCCUUCUUCUACUGUCACCGGUAAGUUUAUUUAAAAUUGUCUUUAAUCUUUUUUAUAGUGAAAUUUUUAAUAAUUAGAAAGUGUUGGAGGAGAUUAUGAACGCAGACAGCGGCGCUCCAUGUUCUCCGAGGCACUCGAAGAAAAAACAAUUCAUCGACGCUGUCAAGAGGGCUGUAGGUUCACAUGGCGCUUCCAAACAGCAGACAGAAGCUGCAGCAGUGACCUGCGUGAAACUCUGCAAGGCCUCAACUUACAUCAACAACAUUUUUGACUCCAACCACACUGCAUUUGUCCUUGUCCAGAGCAUUAUUAAUGACCUAAAGACAUUGCUCUUCAGUCCUCCAAAGCAGUUCUCCCGCGGCCAGACUUUUAUGGCUCAUGACAUUGACUUGAUGAUCGACUGCUUUGUCUCCUGCUUCCGCAUCAAGCCUCACAAUAAUGAGGCCCUGAAGGUCUGCCUCAACCCUAAUUCGCCCCCAACCUACCACCUCGUCCUGGUCAGCUCACUUUUCAGGUAUUAAUUAUUUGAAUUUUAAGAUCCAAUAAUUGAUUUAUAAAAAUUAAAUAUUUGUAGGAUCAUUACCCAGCCAAGGCUUCCGUGGUGGCCACAAAUUGAUUUGGUUUACAACAAAUCCUCCGAGCUGCGCAGUAUGUUCACAGACACCCUGAACAAGGUCACUCAGGGCUGCAUUUCCAGCACACCAUUGAGGAUGAUUCAGUCUUUGGCCCUGAAAGGACCUGGCGCCUCAAAAUUCCGAGAAAAGGGUGAAGAGGUUCCCAGUUACAAGAACCUGCUGCUCUGGAUGGUUCGGCUUAUUCAUGCUGACCCAAUGCUCAUGCUGAAUAAUCAAGGAAAAGCCGGCCACGAAAUCCAGAGUUCAACACUUGAGCUGAUCAAUGGCCUUGUGUCUUUGGUGCAUCAACCGACUAUGCCGGACGUGGCUCAAGAGGCCAUGGAGGCUCUGCUGGUUCUCCACCACCCUGAUAAAAUCGAAAUGUGGAAUCCAGAGGCGCCGAUCAACACAUUCUGGGACGUCAGCUCUCAGGUGCUAUUCUCCAUCUCGCAAAAGCUCAUCCAACACCAGAUCAUGAACUACUCGGACAUCCUGAAGUGGUUGCGGGAGAUUUUGGUUUGUAGAAACGCCUUCCUGCUGCGGCACAAGGACUAUGCCCACGUUGGAAGCCACAUUGCCAUCUGCAAGCAGGCCCAGAUCAAACUCGAGGUGGUGUUCUUCAUGUAUUUGUGGAGCAUUGAUCUUGAGGCUGUGGUGGUAGCCAUGUCCUGUUUUGCCCUUCUUUGUGAAGAGGCCGACGUCCGCUGUGGCACUGACGAGGGCGCCGCAGCAACCACCCUUUUGCCCAACUACACCGUCUACCAAGAACUGGCCUCCGCCUCCACCCUGCUCACCACAGCCAGCUUGGACUCUUCACGGGUUUACUGCAGGGAGCAAAGCAAUGGUCGUGCAGCACUGCAGAAGCAGAUUAUGGCUCUGCUGAGGAAAAUCGAAAACUGUGUGAAUGGGGUUCAGCCGGCUUGGGAGGAGACCUUCCGCAAUUGGGAAGCAAGUACUCGACUGCUCACUUCGUACCCAAAGACAAAAUUAGACGAGAGCCAGGUAGAGGCCUUCCACAGGGCUAUGGGCAAGCGCCGAGCUUCUCACCACAAUUCGGAGCACGAGUUGGAGGAUCAAAUAAAUGAGUGGGCAAACAUGACUGGAUUUUUGUGUGCUCUUGGUGGAGUUUGUCUGCAACGAAAGGCGUCCGGUCGUCCAGCUCUCAGCGCCAGCUCUUCAACCUCCUCCGUAUCCACUGAGGGUAGAAAGGUCAGCGUCUUACCUCCAGGAGGUCAAGACGUACAAUACUGCCCUGUCACACAAUUUGUUGGCCAAUUGUUGAGAUUGUUAGUGUGCAGCAAUGAAAAGUUUGGAGCUCAAAUCCAAAAGCAUGUAAAAGAACUGGUCGGUCAUGACAUGCACCCAGCGCUAUAUCCGAUUCUCUUUGACCAAAUCAAGUCCAUCGUGGAAAAGUUCUUCGACUCUCAGGGUCAGGUCAUCGAGUCUGAAGUGAACACCCAGUUCAUCGAGCACACCAUUUUCAUCAUGAAAAACGUGCUGGAGAGCAAAACUGAUCAGCCUUCUGAGCAUUUAGGGACUACUUCCAUCGAGGGCAUGAUGCUGGCCAUCGUCAGGUAUGUGAGGCACCUGAACCUGCUUGUCCACUCCGUCCAUAUCAAGACAAAGUUGUGCCAGUUGGUCGAGGUCAUGAUGAAGCGCAGGGAUGAUCUGGCCUUCAGGCAAGAGAUGAAGUUCCGCAAUAAACUGGUCGAGUACCUCACGGACUGGGUCAUGGGCACCUCACACCAAAUCCAACCUCCGUCCUCGGGAGAUGGCUCUACAAUGACCAGGCAUAGGGAUUUAGAUCAAGCUGGCAUGGAAGCUGUAGCAGCUCUACUAAGAGGCCUGCCUUUGCAGCCAGAAGAGUCAGACCGAGGGGAUCUGAUGGAGGCAAAAAGCCAACUAUUUUUAAAAUAUUUCACAUUAUUCAUGAACCUGAUGAAUGACUGUAAUGAGGCGCAAGAGCUGGAGAAAGACAUGGCCCGUCAAAGAAUGUCAGCUGGAAAGUUAAACACCUUGAGGAAUGUGACCAUUCAAGCAAUGUCCAACCUUCUAUCUGCAAAUAUUGAUAGUGGAUUGAUGCAUUCCAUUGAUCUGGGAUACAACAGAGACUUGCAGACCAGAGCAGCUUUUAUGGAGGUGCUGACUAAAAUCUUACAGCAGGGCACCGAGUUUGACACUCUGGCAGAAACUGUCUUGGCAGACAGAUUUGAACAGCUCGUCCAGCUAGUCACCAUGAUCAGCGACAAAGGAGAGCUGCCCAUUGCAAUGGCUCUGGCCAAUGUGGUGACCACCUCGCAAAUGGACGAGCUGGCCAAAGUCCUAGUCACUCUGUUUGACGCCAAACAUCUACUCAGCCCUCUGCUGUGGAAUAUGUUCUACAGAGAGGUGGAAGUCUCAGACUGCAUGCAGACUCUUUUCCGAGGAAACUCGCUAGGCAGCAAAAUAAUGGCCUUCUGCUUCAAGAUUUACGGCGCCUCCUAUCUGCAGUGUCUCCUCGAACCGCUGAUACAGCCUUUGCUUGACGAACCUGGCACUUCUUUUGAAGUUGACCCAGCUAGGCUAGAUCCCACUGAGGACAUUGAUAGGAACCGAUACAACCUAAGAACACUAACCCAGCGCGUAUUUGACGCUAUCGUCUCAUCGGCUGACAAGUUCCCCUCACAACUGAGAAGCAUGUGCCACUGCUUGUAUCAGGUGCUGACCAAGAGAUUCCCUCUCUUUCAGCAGAACAAUAUUGGUGCAGUUGGAACAGUGAUUUUCCUGAGGUUCAUCAAUCCAGCAAUUGUUUCACCUCUUGAAAUGGGAAUUGUGACUCGCCAACCACCAGCAUCAGUCAAAAGAGGCCUAAUGUUGAUGUCGAAGAUCUUGCAGAACAUUGCAAACCAUGUUGAAUUCAGCAAAGAGCAACACAUGGUCCCCUUUAACGACUUCCUGAGAGCCAACUUUGAAAACGGUCGUAGGUUCUUUUUCCAAAUCGCAUCGGACUGCGAAACAGUGGACCAAGCAAGUCACACCAUGUCCUUCAUAAGUGAUGGAAAUGUCCUAGCGUUGCAUCGUUUGCUGUGGUCUCACCAGGAGCGAAUCGGGGACUACCUGUCCAGCAGUCGAGACCAGAAGGCUGUUGGGCGAAGACCUUUUGACAAGAUGGCAACGCUGCUGGCCUACUUGGGCCCUCCAGAGCACAAACCUGUGGACUCCCAAAUUCCCCUCUCAAGAAGUUUGCUGUUCCCGUCGUAUUCGAGAUGGAGCUCCAUGGACAUGUCCAGUAGCAGAUUUGAGGAAAUUAUGACCAAACACAACAUUCUAGAGAAGGAUGAGUUCAAAUCGAUCAAAUCCUUAAACAUAUUUUACCAGGCCGGCACCUCAAAACUUGGAAAUCCUGUAUUUUACUAUAUUGCCAGGAGAUACAAGAUCGGUGAAACAAAUGGGGAUCUUUUGAUUUACCAUGUAAUUCUGACGCUGAAGCAGUUUUGCCAUGCGCCGUUUGAGUUGGUGGUGGAUUUUACCCACACCUGCAGUGAUAACCGCUUUAGGACUGAGUAUUUACAGAAGUGGUUUACGGUUUUGCCAGAGGUCGCUUAUGAAAACCUGCACGCUGCGUACAUUUACAACUGCAACUCAUGGGUGCGCGAGUACACCAAAUAUCAUGAUCGAAUUUUUGCACCUUUGAAGGGCAACAGAAAACUGAUUUUUAUUGAAGCUCCUGGCCGGCUGAAUGACUUCAUCGAGCCAGAGCAGCAAAAACUGCCUGGAGCGACCCUUUCCCUGGAUGAGGACCUGAAGGUCUUCAACAACGCUUUGAAACUGUCCCACAAAGACACCAAAGUUGCAGUCAAGGUUGGACCAACUGCAAUUCAAAUCACUUGUGCCGAGAAAACUAAAGUCUUGGCUCACUCAAUCCUACUGAACGACGUCUUUUACGCUUCUGAAAUAGAGGAGGUUUGCUUGGUGGAUGACAAUCAAUUUACUCUGACCAUAGCAAACGAGUCUGGUCCUCUGUCUUUCAUUCACAACGAUUGUGACACCAUCGUCCAGUCAGUUAUUCACAUACGGAACCGCUGGGAACUCUCACAACCUGAAACGGUCUCUGUGCACCAAAAGAUAAGACCAAAGGACGUGCCCGGCACUCUUCUGAACAUGGCCCUGCUCAAUUUGGGCUCCUCAGAUCCAAAUCUAAGGACUGCCGCCUACAACCAACUCUGCGCCCUGACAGCAACCUUUGAUCUAAAAAUUGAAGGACAGCUUUUGGAAACGUCAGGUUUGUGCAUACCAAGCAACAACACCAUUUUUAUCAAAUCGGUUAGUGAGAAACUGGCCUACAACGAACCCCACUUGACCCUGGAGUUCCUUGAGGAGUGUAUUCAGGGCUUCAGAGGCUCAACCAUUGAAUUGAAGCAUUUGUGUCUUGAAUAUAUGACUCCUUGGCUGGCGAAUUUGGUCAGGUUUUGCAAACACCCAGACGAGACUAAGAGAGCAACGGUGGCCACCAUCCUGGGCAAACUAAUAACUCUGACAAUUGAAGAGGUCGAAAUGUACCCUUCAAUCCAGGCCAAAAUCUGGGGCAGCAUUGGCCAGGUGCCUGAGCUGAUUGACAUGGUGCUGGACAGUUUCAUCAAGCGCUCCGUUACCGCAGGUUUGGGCUCCUUCAAGGCGGAGGUCAUGGCAGACACAGCUGUUGCCCUUGCCUCAGCUAAUGUCCAACUGGUGGCCAAGAAAGUCAUCGGCCGGCUCUGCAGGGUACUUGACCGAACCUGCACUUCUCCGACGCCCCUGCUGGAGCAGCAUGUCAACUGGGAUGACAUUGCCAUUUUAGCGCGCUACCUGCUCAUGUUGUCCUUCAACAACUGCCUGGACGUUGCCAGGCACCUCCCUUAUCUGUUCCACAUCGUCAGCUUCCUUGUGUGUUCCGGCUCCCUAAGCAUGCGCGCCUCGUGCCACGGGCUCGUCAUCAACAUCAUCCACUCUCUGUGUACCUGCACCACUCCCAGCUUCUCAGAGGACACCCAAAGGGUCCUGAGGCUUUCGCUGGACGAGUUUUCACUUCCCAAGUUCUACCUGCUCUUUGGAAUCAGCAAAGUGAAAUCUGCAGCUGUGACCGCAUUUCGUUCCAGCUACAGACACACCAGUGACAAACUGUUUGGCAGCGAAAGGAGUUUUUCAGGGUCAAAGGCUGACAGGGAGCGCCUGUCACUGACCUCGUUGGAGGUGAUCGUUGACGCUUUGCUUGAGAUAAUGGAGGCGUGCAUGAGGGACAUCCCCGAGUGUGACUGGCUGCAAACUUGGACGGCGCUUUCCAAGAACUUUGCUUACUGCUACAACCCAGCCCUGCAGCCGAGAGCGCUCAUCGUGUUUGGGUGCAUCAGCAAAACAGCUUCGGACAUUGACGUCAAACAACUGCUCAGGAUUUUGGUCAAGGCUCUUGAAAGCUUCAACGACAUGGUUUUGCUUGAGUCACUAAUAAUGUGUCUCACUCGACUCCAGCCACUCCUCAGACAGGACUCUCCGAUACACCGAGCUUUGUUCUGGGUGGCUGUGUCAGUUUUGCAAUUAGACGAACAAGCUCUGUAUGCCUCAGGAUUGGCUUUGCUUGAACAGAAUUUACACACUUUGGACUCACAGGGUAUUUUUGAGACCAAGUCUCUUGAAACGAUCAUGAUGGCAACCAGGGAGCCGCUGGAGUGGCACUUUAAGCAGCUGGACCACGCCGUUGGUCUCAGUUUCAGAUCUUACUUCCAUUUCGCCCUCGUUGGGCACCUGCUGAAGGGAUUCAGGCACCCGACUCCAACAACUGUGUCGCGAACUACGAGGGUGCUGACUAUGCUUCUGGCAAUUAUCGCCAAACCGGCAAAGAGAGACAAAUUUGAGGUCACUCCAGAGAGCGUAGCAUAUUUAGCUGCUCUGGUUUCGGUGUCUGACGAGGUUCGAAGCAGGUGCCAUGUUAGGCACUCGGUCACCAGGGUAAUGCAGACGGAGCAAACAGCCAAUGCUGGUGGCUUGGCUGAUCUGGCGCAAAUUUUACCGCAGCAGCCCCAACCUUUACAAGCAAGACGGCAGAAAUCGUGGGAACUUUUAGACCAAAACGCCCUUGGUGCGGUUGUUCCAGCUCGACCACCUCCACAACAACAGGCGCGAAGUGCUAGAGUUUCGGUUUCAAAUGAGAACAAUGUGCUGCUGGACCCUGAAGUGUUAGAUGACUUUCCUACACAGGCUCUCGUCCUCACAGUCCUGGCGACUUUGACCAAGUACUCUACCGAGGAUGCAGAAACCAGAAUUCUGUACGAGUACCUUGCCGAGGCUUCGAUUGUUUUCCCAAAAGUAUUUGGAGUGAUUCACAGCCUGUUGGACGCCAACAUUCAGAAGGUGCUGACGCUGUGCCACGAUCAGGAGAUCCUGGGCGCCGUGCAGGCAAUUAUCCAGAACAUGAUUGCAUGCGAGGAUGCCAGCCAGCAGCAGCUACAUUAUCUUCAGUCCUGUGGCUUCGGAGGCCUCUGGCGCUUUGCCGGACCAUUCAAGUGUGCUAGCUGUGCUGAGCACGCGCAACUGUUUGUCAACUGUCUUGAGGCCAUGGUUGAGACGUGUCUGCACGUCGAGGAGGACGGCAGCGAGAUCACACAGUACCCGUCCAUGCUCAGCGUGAGCUCCAACAUGAACCUCUCAUCCUCAAUGUCCAGCCUCACACUUGGAUCACCCACGGAAAAAGACUCAAUCUUUUCGGCAGAUUACGUUGACGGCUUUGGCGCUUGCUCGACCACUGAUUCGCGGUCUCUGCUGCACCAGUCUCCGGUUCUCUGCUCCAACGCUUCCUCCAGCCCAAUGCCCCUUGUGGCUAAACAGCGCAGCCUCAAGAGCCACAAACCAAUGGGCCCGCACUCUCCACCCAACAAGUAGAAACUUCUCUUUUAAUUCCCCCCUGGUUCCUGUUCGAUCCUUAAGUCAUUUAUACAAAUAAUUUAUUUGCAUUUAUUUAUUGAUGAAGAGAUCUGUGAUUUAUUUAUUGGUCACGCACAAACGUGGGUCGCAAAGGCUCAGGGACUCCCGUUUGAUGCUGCCGAGCUUUUACCCUUGAACUGUUUCCCUCAACUUGAUGGAUAUAAUAUAUUCCAUGUAUAUUCUAUGUGGACGCCCAUGACAAUUUUGAAACCGCGAAAAAUGUUACUUAUUUUAUAAUUCUCUUUCUCUAAUCUUCGCACAAAACUGUCACGGGCAUCGAGAUUCUAUUAAAUUGGAUGUUAUAAUAUUGAAAAAUUGGACUCGACUCACAACCAAACGCCGAUGAUAAUCUGCUAGGUUGGGAUUCAGACUCCCGUUUUUCACGCGCACCCAAGCAAGAAAAAAACAAACAUCACACCAAUCAGGAACAUUGGUUGUAUUUUUGAUCGACUUUUCUCAUUGUCAUACUGCAAUUAGAGAAUAAAAAUAACACAUUG